GACGAUUCAGAGACUGAAAAACCUGAGGCUGGUGACCUAAAGGAAUUCUCAGAAGUGGAGAAAAGAGAUCCUCAGGAGCUAGUUGCUUCUUUUUCAGAGAGAGUGCGGAACAUGUCUCCAGAUGAGAUCAAAAUCCCUCCUGAGCCUCCUGGCAGAUGUUCUAACCAGUUGCAGGAUAAAAUUCAAAAGCUGUAUGAGAGGAAAGUGAAAGAGGGCAUGGAUAUGAACUACAUCAUCCAGAGGAAAAAGGAGUUUCGCAACCCCAGCAUCUAUGAAAAGCUGAUCCAGUUUUGUUCCAUUGAUGAACUUGGUACAAAUUAUCCAAAGGACAUGUUUGACCCUCAUGGCUGGUCAGAGGAUUCGUAUUACGAGGCACUAGCCAAAGCCCAGAAGAUUGAAAUGGACAAACUGGAGAAGGCCAAGAAGGAACGCACAAAGAUUGAAUUUGUGACUGGCACUAAAAAGGGUACAACAACAAGCGCCACUUCUACAACCACCACAACAGCCAGUACCACUGUGGGAGAUGCCCAGAAGAGGAAGAGCAAGUGGGACUCUGCCAUCCCCGUAACAACGAUAGCUCAGCCCACCAUCCUCACCACCACUGCCACACUGCCAGGGGUUGUCACAGUGACAACCAGCGCGAGUGGAUCCAAAACCACGGUGAUAUCAGCUGUGGGCACCAUUGUGAAAAAGGCCAAGCAGUGACUGGUGUGCUGGGCCUGGAUUUUUGGACUUGUUUAUCAUUGAAGCCAUUGUUCUCAGAAGGGAGGGGUAGCUUUCGCCUUUGGUAAAGGAUGGCAAGAUUCUUUGGAGCAGACCACAGUUCCCCUUUGGAAGACUGGGGGCAGGAGCAGGAGCAGGCAUGCCAGCUGUGUGCCCACAGGAAUGGACCUCUGCCCACAAUGCCUCUGCCUUUGCUUGCUGUGGGAAGAACCAGCCUGUGUGUUGUGCUGGAGGAAGGUGGUAUCUGGAGUCAGCUUGUAAAAGUUCGCUUAUUAAUUACUGCAUUAGGGUCUUACCUACUUGCAAGUUUGGUUUAGGGGGCAAAAAAAAAUAAAAUAAAAGGGCAAGUAGUACA